GGGCGAGUGAGUGGCGAAAUGUCAGCAGAGCAUUUCUUUUUUGCGUUUCCCUCAUUUUUAACAAAUAAUAUUUAACAUUUAUUAUACAUGUACUUAAAAAAUUUUAAUCAAAAUAUAAAGUUUAUAUGUUGAACUUCUUUGUGUGUUAUAUUUUGAUACAAACAAUUGAGUUAAUAUAAAGCAAAAAGUGCCGUGAAUAGUUUGCCAAAUAAGCCUGUGAUUGAUGCAGUACAUAUAGUGAAAGAGAAAAUCAGGAUAUUUACAUAAAAAUGUCGUUGCCAGAAAGCAAAAGAAGCUAUCACUUUGACAAGCGGUAAACACAAAAAAGCUAUCAACGCAAUGAUUGUUGUAUUAAUUUAGCCAGGGGCCAGUUGUUCGCAGUUUGCAAGUUUUUGACGUGCUUCCGCCUCAAUAAUCUAAAAAUGUAACUAAAACUCAAUUUACCAGGAAAACAUAGAACCACCAAAGAAAACGAACCGAGAGGAACAUUAAUUGACAUUUUGAAUAAAGCAACGGUGUACUGGUAUCUAAAAAAACAAAUUGGAACUUUGAAGCAAUAAAUGUAAAAGAAUGGCAGAUAUACAAACAACUAUAUUAACAAAUACAACAGCAUUGCCUCCUAUAACAACAUCCAAUCCAACAAUGAAUACAACAGCUGCUAUACCUACAACAGCAUCGUCCAAAGCACUCAAACGCUGUCUCAGCGUUCCAAUAAUACAUACACCAACUACAAUUGGUACGAUGACAACACGCUCAGCAGCUGCGGCGGCAGCUGCCAUGUGCUACCGCAAUAUUGUUAAUAAAAACACUGAAACUAUUACCGAGACUCCAAAGAAAUUAAAUCAUACCACAGCUGAGAGCUGUUCCAUAAACAGUACAGGUGCAAACCAUUACAGCUUAGGCAUACCACGUUCAAAUCCUUCUUCAAGAGAGGUUUCACCUGCUCCAGUUUUCAAUAUUUUUGCGCCCCGUGCUCGACGUUACUCAGCUAGUUACAGUCCGUUGUGUGCCACAGCGGGUAUUACUGGCUCUUCAACUGGCGCACCGCUUUGUAUAACACCCCGUGUUUCGCAAUUACGCCAGGAGGAAUGUAUUGAUAUAAAUAGCCGUGAAGUGAAUCAUGAGCGGGAAGUUCAUAGUGCCAUGCAAAUGUCACAAAGUUGGGAGGAUCUCACAUUAGUCGCAGAAAACUGGUCAUGUAAAUCUGAUGAAUUUAGCAAUCCAUUGCAAGUUGUUUUACCAUCUGGUGUGUCAAGUUGUUCAAGCCCAAGCCCGACAAGUAAUCGUGCUGGUUUACGUCUUCCUUACGGUUUGUCUCCAUCGCCAACGCGCCGCACAUUUGCCACAAGACGUUCAAUGUCACCUAUAGCUAUGCGACCCUCCCAGUUAGGUCCUGUAAAAAGAAAAUUUGAAUUAGAUGAUAAUAACAGCAACUGGAAUGUUUACAAUACACCUCCGCCUUUAAAAAAAAUAUUCACAGAGAGUCGUGGCUCUUCACCAAUAUGUCAAUCGCCAUCAUCAGUCUGUCCCAGUCCUGACUCAGGCACCUAUGAUGGACGCACAACACCAAAACUUUUCAUUUCUAAAUUAUGUGCUAUUAACAAUAAUUCUACAUGUUCGUCACCUAUGUCUUCUUCUCCAAGCAGUGCUCUCAACCCAAAUGAUAUAAUAGUUAAUUCUGCGCUGUGUUCGUCGAUAUCUUCUUCAUCAUCUUCGUCAUCAUCAGCAUCAACUACAUCAUCAGUAUCAACACCAACCAAUAAUAAUAUCGACGAAGGUAUAUCUAUCUCAGAACCAGAUGAAAAAUGUACCAUAACUAUAACACAGCCUAUGUGUACAGAUGUGCAAGACGAAACCACACUAUUAGAAGAUAUUAAAAAUGAGGUUUCGUCCUCCGAUGGCUGUUCCGACAUUAAUAUAGAAACGUCAUGUGAUAUCGAUAUGUCGAAGACUGAAGUCAAUUUCUUUAACAAAGUGAACACAACAGAAAUUGGACAAAUAAUUUACAGUGUUGACGAACACGACAGUAAAAACAAUGUAAGCAAUUCCGUUGUAGUAAGGACAACAUCAAGUAGUAAUAGUGGCGAACCAAUGGAUGCCAUUAAUGUUACUAGUACUACAAAUAGUGACAUUUCUCCUACCGGUGUAUUAACCAGCACUGCACAAGCAAAGGCGAUGGGCACGAAAUCAAUAGAAAGCGCCAUUCUUAGUAAAAACUUAUAAACUCAAACUUAAAAAAAGUCGUAAGUCUUAACUCAUAAUUGAUAAUGGAAUGUUGAAUACUACACCCGCGCCAAGUAUUUUCGUAUGUAAAUAUGAAUUAAAUUGGGAUUAUUAUAUUAAUGAAAAGCAGACUUAUGCGUGCAGGGUAUAUAUAUUAGAUUAGUUUCAAUUUUAUAAUUCAUCUCUUAUUAAGUUAUUUCAUUUAUAUUUAUAACAUAUUCAUACAAAUUCAAAUUAUUUAAACAAAAAAAAAUAUAUAUAUGAAGAAAAUGUAAAUCUCCAGUUUCGGCGAGCUUUAGAAUUUUCCAAUUAAUCGGAUAUGACAAUUUUGAACUGUUGUACAGCUAGGAUUUGAUUUUGAAGAUCUUAAUAACUUAAAAUAUUAAAAUAUAUAAAAAAAUAUU